AUGACAACUGGUGAUACUGUUCAACCUGGAAUCGGUAGAGAAACUUGGCCGGCACCAGCAUUCAAUCAGAUGAGUACUGGCGGUAUUGUUCGACCUCAGAUAGAUAGACAAACUCGGCCGGCCUCAGCAUUUAACAAAAUGACGACUGGUGAUAUUGUUCGACUUCAGAUUGAUAGACAGGAGUACACAACAGCGUCGUUCUCAUCACGCCUCGAUUCUUCGAUGAUGGACAAUACUUGGCAUGUCAAGAUGAAAGGCAUUCUUCCGCACACUAGGAAAGAAGAAUUAGCAAAUAUCCUGCAUCUCCCAGCGCGAAACAUUGUUAUUCCUCUACAUCAGCAACGCGGUCGGGUCUGGUUUGCGUGGCUGAACAAUUUUCAAAGUGAACAAGAUGCAAACGAGUUUGCGGCUCAGUGGCGUGGUAGAUGUAUGCAACCAACCUCGAAAAUUUACAUAAGCUGUACAGUUCGUCCACCUGGCGCAAUGGCUAAUGAUCAAACGUUAACCAGAAGUUCUCCGGAACCGUCCACACUCUCACAAUCAUACGAUGAUGGUAAAUAG